AAAUUGAACCUCCCCCACCCUCAUUCAGAUCUGGCGUUUGGAACUAUUUUGGUCUUCAUGUGAAGUAUGACCCUGAAGAUAUGCUUGGCUCAAAACGACAUCAGGUUGUCAGUGUUCACGGUGACAUCAAAGAGCAUGACAGUGCAGUGGAGCGGCCACACUGGUGCCAGCUCCUACAAGAUCACAGCAACCCCCAAGAACUCCCCGGAAAGACCCGUCUUUGCUCAGUUCGGUGGCAACACAGUCAUGGGCUCAGUUAACUCCCUGUCACCAAACACAGUGUACACCAUGCAGUUAGAAGCUAUGGACAAUAAUCUCAGAGUGCUCAGCAGUGCAAAGACUGAGGAGACGACAGCCCCUGAUGUACCCAGGAUUGGGCAAGCCUACUCCAAAAACAGCGACAGCAUCACUGUUGAGUUCACAGAGGUAUCUGGGGCGACCAGCUACAUCCUGAGGGCAGAGUCAAAGACAGGUGAUUUCUUCAAGGAGAGCACUGUGAGCAGCUCUCCAGGUACCAUGGUGGAACUCCAGCCAUACACAGACUACGUCCUCAGCGUCAUGUCCGUCAACUUAGGUGGGCGAAGCCAGCCAUCCUACCCCACAGAGGCCAGGACAGUUGUAAUGGCUCCCAACUUGAACACAUCCUCUCCUACUAAUGGCACCAUCCUUGUGACCUGGGACCCAGUGAAGGAUGCCGUCCUCUACACACUGGUCAUCAUCCGAGAGGGAUCCAACACCCGCCUCAAACUCAACACCACUGACACCACGGUGAAGUUUGAUAACCUUGAACCAGGAACUACAUACUGUAUUAAGGGCACGGCAUGGGACUCUGAGGGUCGCACUGGUGAUGAUGUCACUGUCUGUCAAAUUACACGUCCUGAGAGCCCAGAUGUGACUCACGUUCAGGUGACUCCAGGACGGGCUCUUGGGAUUGUUGUAUUCUGGUCGCAAGUGAGGGGUGCUAAUCUCUACUUUGUCUGGACCUCUAAUGGCCAAAACUGUUCCACAGAAAACAGUUACUGUUACAUUAAUCCUGCGGAUUGUGGACAAAACCACUCAGUCUAUGUCAUAGCCUAUAACGAUGCUGGACCCAGCAGCCCCUCUCAACCGGCUAACUACAUAACAUACCCAUGUCCACCAGAGAACAUCUGGGUGGAGGAGCCCAGAGCAGGUAACUGCUCCGUGAUGUGGGACGGAGUGCCACUGGUGGAGUACUACAUGGCGUUCAUAAAGCGGGAUGAUGGAAUGGAGACGUUCUGUAACACCAGUUUAACUACCUGCCCAUUUUCCUGCAUGUGUGGCUACACCUACCUCACCACCGUAUUCCCCUACAACCAGGCCGGCUCCAGCCCUUAUGGACAUGUCCGCAACUACACUACCAUCCCUUGUUGCCCACAGGAUGUUAUGAUAAAGCUGGUUUCUACGGAGACCCUGGAAAUCAUGUGGACACCAGUCAAAGGAGCUGAACUGUAUGAGACGACAGCAGCGCAGACUAAAGACGUCAUCCACUGCAACGACACAGCACCAGUGUGUGCGCUCUCAGAUUUGAGUUGCAACACAGCUUAUUCUGUGACUGUGACACCUUGCAGCGAUUUACGAGGAUGCAACCGCACCUGCAAGCCGCAAACACAUGAGACAGCUCCCUGCACUCCAGAGAUCCUGAAUAUGACUCAGACCAACAGUUCCACAUACAGAAUCCUCUUCACCACACCCAACACCCCCAACACAAAUUAUACCAUCACUGCCACUGGACGCUAUGACAGACAAAGCUGCCAGUCGACGAACAGCUCCUGUGUGCUCACGCAACUGCCCUGCGGCUCGGUCUACGAGGUUACAGCAGUGGCCACAACAGCUGUGGGGAAAAGUCUGCCAGGAUUCAGUAAAACUUUGGAAACAGGCCCUUGCUGCCCCAUGUCUGUGAACGUGACCCAGGUCACCCAGGCUAUGACCAAUGUGACCUGGUCACCUAGCACUGGAGCUCGCUCAUUCAUUACCUCCCUGACAUCACCACGAGGGUAUGCCAAAUGCCACACUCUAGACACCCACUGCCUGAUGGGGUGCAUCACCUGUGGAACCAACUACAGCGUCAACCUGGAAGCAAUCAGCAGCACAGGACAGAAGUCAGAGUGCAAAUAUCGUGGAUUCUCUUCCAGUGCCUGCUGUCCAACGGGCGUCAAGCUCUAUCGCAGGACCAACAACACCCUGAGGGUAUACUGGCGUUCGCUCGGCCCUCAGAUCUAUAAUCACACAGUGGAGCUGUAUGGCACCGGAGCAAACUACACCUGUAUGGCAGCUGCAGGCAGCAUGUACUGUGACAUCCAGGAGGAAACAUGUGGGGAUGUCUACACAGUGGUGGCGGCACCUGUGGAAAAGUACGGGAGCAAAGUCACCUUCUGCCAGCCCAGGACGUACUCAGUUCCUUGCCCUGGAAGUAACGCUGGCAUGGUAAUUUCUCGUGCGAGACGAAGUGUGAAUUAACUGUGUGUGAACACCCCGACCACCAACACAGCAACAAGGACAGAGGACGAUGUUUACACCAGUGAUAACUGUGAAGACUCCGUAUACCACGAUGACACUGAG